GUUGCCAUUUUCCGUUUAUUGCAAUUGCAACUUGAGUAUUAGGUAUAAAUAAUUUUCAGUUUUGAUUUCAAGCAUCAUUCCAACUUGUCGUUCAAACAGCAAACAUCUAGUACUUACAUUAAUAUAUAAAUAUGUCAUACCAAGAAAGUUUUGAAUCUCCUAUGGUUUGCCUGGACAGAUAUUGUGCCAAAGUAUUUGAUCCUCAUAGGAAUGCCGUCAUGUGCAGGUGUUACCAAGCACAAACAACAAGUCCUAUUUCAAGGAUGACUUCAUCUUUGCCAGGCGUCUCACCACAGGGAUCGCCACCUUCAUACCUUGGUUCCAUGCCGUACGGAGAAAACCAGACAGUACCUCAAUCCUCGCUACAUUACCCAUCAUACCAAGGGUACGCACCAAGUUAUGACGCAUAUGGAAUGAUGCAGAGUAUUUACCCACAAAUGUCACCGAGUAUUUCAAGUGCAGAUUUGUCCAUGUACAGUGGCCACCAAGGAAUUCCAUAUGCCCAAACGGCUCAGAUGGACCAGUUAUUGAGAAGCCAAGUCAACGAUUUCUGGAACUUUCAACAAUUGAGUAAUCAAGUUAACGGAAACGAUAUACCGGCAACAAAACAGAGUAGCAGAGUUUUAAAAACGUGGUUGAGAGAACACCGGAAGAACCCAUACCCAACCAAAACAGAAAAGGUCAUGUUAGCCUUCUCAACGCGCAUGACUAUGACGCAGAUUUCUAAUUGGUUCGCAAAUGCAAGGCGUCGUAUGAAACAACAAAAAGAUAAAGGAGACACAUCAGAUGGAGCCAUAAGCGAUAUAUCCGAUGAUGACGACAAAAGCAGCUGCAGUAAAUCUCCGACUUCAAUCGAUAGCCUACAAUCGAGGACAGGUACAACAUGUCUACCACCACCACCACAGCUUAAUUUCCCAAGCUACCUCCAAGAAAGAGACGAGUUAAUGAAAAUUCAUCAACCAUUGAUGAAAAGCGAAUCGGUCAUAGCAUCAGAAUCAAAGGAGGAUAAUUCAAUAACAAAACCUGGUACUGUAACACAAGAUAAAUGUGUGGAGCAGCCGAAAAAGACAAAGAUAUGGUCAAUGUCCAGUAUUUUGAGCUAGAUUGUUAAAGACUUUUGGGUUAUUCAAUUACAGUGCAAUAAGACUAUAUGAGUGUUCAUAAUUUUGAAACGUGAUAUGUGAUUUGUCUUUCAGGAUAUUUUAUAGUGCUAUAUAAAUAAAAGUAUAACUGAA